GAGGUAACAAAAUGGCUUCCAAACGUGGAUGCAUGUGCACUGAAUAUUUUUUAAAGAAUAUUUCAGAUUUACUCGUUGCAGGAUAGAAAAUGAUGACCAUGGCUCUUUGAUUAUGCAGAAGCAUUGAGUAGUGGGCAUAGAAGCCCAUUUUUGACGCGAGUAGCGCAUCGUAAGCACGCUUUGUCGCACUCAGUUUUGUUAAAUCAUGUCGCAGGCGACGAAGAGAAAGCACGUUGCGAAAGAAGUGCUGGACGAUUACGUUGUUCCAGACCCAAAUCAACAGAUUGUUAAGGUAGGAGCACAAAUGGGGCGAGUAAGUUUUACCAUCUUUAUAAAGUAAACAUGUUGUUACCCCCUUUGCUCCGUAGAGAGAACAAAAUUUAAAUAAAAAUUUAAGGCAUAACUUAUUGCAAAUAUAAUAAGAUUUAAGUUAGGUGGUGGCUAAGAAACAUCUCCGUGAUAUCUCACUGAUUUAAUUCUGUGGAACAGCCAGAGAAGAAAUUUCAGACCUAAGUUAAAGAAAUUUUGCACUCAGUAAGGGUGGAAGGGUGUAAAAUUUUGGACAUUCCAUAUUUUAUAUGUAUUCCCCCCCUCUCCCCAUUUCCUCCCCAGUCUUUGAAAAGGCACCUUUUUAUCUGGCUCAGAACCAGUCAAGAUUUGAGUAAUGAAGAUUAAACAAAUUUGGAAUCCCCUAGGUGCAAACUUCAAAGGUUCAGAGGAAAGAAAUAUGGCUGUUGGAAGGUGGUCUUUAAUAACAGAGUAGAAAGAAAUGGAACAUUCCAAUAGCAUGUUUCAAGGCAAUUGUUUUUUGAUAGGGAGGAGAAGGGGUUAAAAAAAGCUUACAUGCCCUUCCCUCCUCUCUUAUGGGAAAGUAGAUGGGUCUGGUGGGAGGGGAGUUAGGAUGAGGUUACUCUGUUCUGGGGGUCUUAGUUGGAUGAGCAAAUUAUGUCUUCUGUGAAAGGAGCAAAUCUCUUCCUUUUCACAUGGCCAGUACAGAGCGUAAGACAAGGGAAAAUAUAUUUCUAUCUUGUUCCAACAAUUUAUUCUUUAUAACUUCCUGAGCUAGAUUUUACUGCUCUGUUGAAUUGUUUAUACUAUGGAGAUGCCCAGUAGAUGUACUUCUAAAAAUGAAAAUUGCUACAAGUAAAACUUAUAAAUCAAUAUUUCUUUCCCUGGGAAAGAUAUUAGGUGGACGCGGAAACAACCUUCAUGAAGUGGAAACUUCUGAUGGCACAAAAUUUCUUGUCAGUAUGCCAUCAAAAUUCAGAAAGAGUGUAUGGAUUAAAAGAGGUAUGGAUGGAGGCUUAAGAACAGUUGUUUUUAACCUGUGUUUAAAGAAAAUAAUGAUGAUGAUUUUAAUUGCUUAUUUCGAGCAACUAUCCCAGACAAAACUGUUAAGACAACAGAGAGGAAUGUAUUCUCAUUUUCAAUUUAGGCUGUUAUAUUAUCCUACCCAAUUUUCCUUUUUCAUUGUUGUUUGAUUAAUGUUAUUUUUUCUCAGAAAAUGUAUCUUGAAAAAGUAUAUUUAAUAGGUGCAAAAGAUGAAGUUGCAUUGUCAAUGAAGGGAGGAAUGCUGUCUCAUGCCGUACUCAUAGCAACUUUUGUUGUAUGCCUAUUUAAAAAUAAAUAUGUUCUCGAUAUUUCCUACUCCAGGAGAUUUUGUUAUUGUGGACCCCAUAGAAGAGGGAAACAAAGUGUGUGCCGAGAUUGUUCAUAUUCUGUACAGCAAACAAAUCAAAUAUCUGAAAAAUGAAGGACUGUGGUAAGAUAUUUGUUUUUGUAUUUUGUUAAGUUAUUUCAUGAUUAUGUGGGAUUCACACUUUUCACUAAGGACAUUAAUAAAUAGAUUGUUCUCACUGUCUGCAAUUCUUUUGUUAAUUCUGACUUCAAGAAUGUGGUUUUAAACCAAGAAUUAUCUUCUUGUUGUUAUUGUGCUGUUGUUAUUGUUGUUAUUUGCUGAUUCUUUUCAUCAUUGAUAUUGGAAGGGAAAAUUCUUUUAGGUCACCUGCAAUUGAUAGGGCUAGCAAUGCUAUUUAGCAUUGGUGCAUAGCCUUUCAAGCUUUUGAAGGAUAAUCUUGUGAACAGAAUUAAAGUUUAACCCUUAAUUGCCAAGAUCUGAUUGUUAACUCUCCCUUUUAGCUGCUACACAUUUUUUGUGGAUUCUCUACAAGAAUUUUGUGUUUGAUCAAGAAAACAACUUCUACUUGAUAAGUUUUAGUGUGAUCUCAUAACCUUUUUGCAGGAUAAUGUUUGGAUGUGAUGGAAGGGACAUUACAUUUUAAUCACUUCUAGGAGUUAUAGGGUAAAUUUAACUUGUUUUCAUUUGACUUAAACUUCAAGGCCUUCAGCAUUUGCAGACAAAGCUUCAACUGAUGAAAAAUCAGAUGACAAACAAGUAAAAAGGUAUAAAUUUUUUAAUACCUUUAAUAAUUUAUGGGUCUGUACCUUUAGUCCAAAGUGUUUUUAUAAAGAAUAAUAUAUAUUCUCAAGGUAGAAUGUUUUUGUUGGGUUUGGUUUCUGACUGUUUGUAGUAAAAUUACAAAAGCAUGAAGUUAUUUGUCUUUUAACAAUUUCCCCUCAGUUUUAACAGGAUUCACAAUACAGUAAAUAGUCAACACUUACAAGACAUAAUUAUCAUAGUAAUUAUAGAAGUGAAGGUAGUUCUGGAGAGGACUUUUAACCUUUUAACUCCCAAGAUCUCAUUAUUAAUUCUCUUUACUCUCUGCCAAACGAUUCUCAUCAUGUUAGUCUGGAGAAUUUGUUAUUGGAUUAAUUAAUAAUCCCAUAAUUGAUAUUUUUCUUCAUUCUCAUCACUUGUCUUCAUGAUAUAGUACAAAUAGAGUAAGGAGAAAUUCUGUCUUGGGCAGGGUUAAGUUGUGGAUGGUAGUGAAUAAUGUUAUGAGAACUUUGAGUCAAGACUUGCUUUUUCAAUGGAUGUUACAAAUCUAAACUGACCAGUUUUCCUGUGAUCAAUUGUCAAUAACCAGGAGAGAAUAAGGGCUCCCUUUUACUGACACAGAUUUGAAUUAUUGUUUGAAAUUAGUAUAUACCACCGGGAAACAAAAAAAUUAGUUUAUUUCUGUGAACGUACCAAAAUCUUGUUGGGAAUUUAACUCUUGAAAUGCAGUGUUGUCUCUUCUGCUGUUCAGAGGUGAAUAGUGCUUGCUAAUCACUUCCAAACCAGUCAAUUAGUGAAUACAAAAAGCAGUAAACCUGUGUGGUAGACUUUACAUAAACAUAACACUCCUCUUUACCUUAAAUUAAACUUGUUAUGUUGUUAUGUUGUGAAAAUAAACCUGCAGCUCACAUACAAUCAUGAAGGAUCUCUCAAUAACAUUUCAGAUGAGACAAGAUUGUCAUGUCAAGCUAGCCAUAAGCUAUCACAUUCUACUUUGAUUAGUAACCAUAUUUAUUGCAGAUCAUGCAUAACAAUUUUCUCAUGUUAUGUUUUUAGCAAUGUCUGUGAACAGAAUAUUAAUGGCAUUAGUGAGGAUGAUGAGGAUGAUGAUGAAGAAGAUGAUGAUGAUGAUGAUGAUGAUGAUGAUCUAUUUGUUAAUCCCAACCAUCAGAGAACAACAUAUUAUGUUGAAUCAGACUCAAGUGAUACAAGUGACAAGGAACCAUGAUAUCUGUGAUUUGUCUUGGAAAUGCUAUUGUCCAUUUCCUGAGAAAGACUGGUCUGGUGUGAACAAUCGUGGAACAAAAUUGUUAGAAAUAAAUUAUGGUAGUUAAAGGUACAUACACACAGAGAUCUAAACAAAUCUAUGAAUUCAACAAUUUUUAUUGUGAAAGAAUCAAAGGGCACAUUAAUGAGACGUUGUGGGUUUUAUUUUAAAUUAAUUUGUAUGAUCUCUUCCUGUUACAAAUGGCAACAUUCUUUCAUUUCUUUUGGAACCACAUGUAUUUCAUCUCAUCAACAAAUUAAUAUUUCAAACUGUUGAAUUGAACAUUGCAAAGGAUUGGGUAGGCUCAAGGCCACCAAAUUGAUUCUAGGGCUGGAGGGUUUAGAAAUUUGCAAAUUGAAGAAUUUCAUUAAAAGUGGGUGCAAAAAAGAGUCAAAAGCUAAGCAAAAUAGAGAGAACCUUUCUUGCAUGUAGCUGCUUCCAUGUCUGCUGUCAUUGGGUAUAUUGACAGCUUGUUAGAAAACUCAGAGACAAGUUUGUACCAUAGAUUUUUUUUGUCCAACCAAAUUGCUUCAAAUUGUCUGAAAUGUAUAUUUACAGUAUCAGCCAAAAUUUUUUUAGACCUGCAAAUAUGACUGCUGUGUUAAUCACAUUUCUUAAGCACCCACAAGAUUGACAUUAUCAACCAGCAACACAAGUGUUUGUAUUGUGAACACUAUUUUAAUGGCAAUGUGACAUUACAGACACUUUCAAGAUCUCAUUUCCUUGUUUUCUUUUUUUCUAUCUCCUGUCAAUUCCAUUUCAUCAAAAUUUUUCAUGAUCAAUCAACUUAAAUUUUUCUCUAUCCUGUGUAAUAUUUAUUUAAUUUGCUUGGUAAGACACCCAUGUGCUGAUGUGUUGAUGAAUUGUUACAUUUCAAUAUAUAUGUCAUAUUUUAUUUGUCCC